AUGGAGAAACCAGUUACUAUGAAUCCGAAUGACAUAAGAGAUGAAAAAGUAAAGGUUCUUAGACACAUUCCACCAAUAAAACUUAGUGAUAUCCUAGUUGGACAAUAUGUAGGGAACCCUAACGGCAAAGAAGAUGAAAAACUUGGCUACCUUGAUGAUCCAACUGUGCCGAAAGACUCUGUUACUCCAACAUAUGCCUUAGCUGUUGUGUGGAUAAAUAAUACAAGAUGGCAAGGUGUUCCAUUUAUUCUUCGCUGUGGAAAGGCACUUAAUGAAAGAAAAGCUGAAGUAAGAGUACAAUACAAAGAUGUGCCAGGAGAUAUUUUUGGCCAUACUAAACGAAAUGAAUUUGUUAUAAGAGUACAACCAGGUGAAGCUUUAUAUUUAAAACUUAUGUCCAAGUCUCCUGGAAUGAAAUUUGAUUUGACUGAAACGGAGUUGGACUUAACAUACAGUUUACGUUACAAAGGAGCAGAUGUUCCGGAUGCUUAUGAAAGGUUAAUUUUAGAUGUCUUCACCGGCACACAAAUGCAUUUUGUACGUAGUGACGAAUUAAAAGAGGCUUGGCGUAUUUUUACUCCAGUUCUGAAAAAUUUGGAAGAACAGCACAUCAAACCUAUUCCAUAUGUAUUUGGAUCUAGAGGACCUUCUGAAGCUGAUGCCAAAUUAGCUGAAAAUGAUUUCAAAUACUCAGGCUCUUAUAAAUGGGAAAAACCUACACCU